CACCAACAUGGCCAGCAAGAAGAUCAGACGUGGUGAUGGGGUGGGGCCAUGGGCGCUGUCCAAGGUCUUUGUCGUGGGUGGAGCCGUGGUGGUCUCGGCCGUGGCGGCAGGUGUCGUCUACUGGCGGAGGAGCAUGGCCAUGGCCGAGGGAAGGGAGAUCGCCAACACUUUCCGGGCCAUGAAGAUGCGCGUAGCGCGGUCGAUCAUCGCCGACGCAGAGAAAGCUUUUGACGACGCCGAUAGUGAUGGCAAUGGCGAGCUGUCACGGGCAGAGCUGGCGGCAUUUCUGGCCAACCAUCCCGAGGUGGUCCAUGCGCUGGUCCGCAACGGCAUCACCACGGUGCUCGCCUUUGACGAGAUGGACAUCAACCGCGACGGCGCCAUCUCGCGGCACGAGUUCCUCUCUGCCGUCGUCCCGGUCGUUGUGUUUGAGACCACGGUCCAUGACAUCUUCUCGCAGUACGAUGUCUACGCCAACGGUGGCGGCAAGCUCUCGCGCGACCAGUUCAAGUCGGCUAUUGCCUCGAUGGGCACGCUAGAAGAGAUCAUCAAGAUCGCCGGGCAUGACGUCCAAGCCUCGCUCUUUACCGAGCUCGACAAGGACGGCGAUGGCAUGCUCACGCCGCAGGAGUUUGUUGCGGUUUUUGCCAACGUGGUCCGCACCACUUAGCGUCGCUAUAUGUCUCUCAAACACACUUUUUCAACAUAGCACACACGCAGUCCUCAAAUCAAGUUCGGGGUCGGGG